AUGGGAGAAAGUUAUCUUGGAUCUGAAUCUGGAUCCGACUCUGAUGAUGAUGUACCAAUCAAAAGACAAAUGCGAUCACCUCGUAGGAAAGAUGAUAUCAAAAUGCUCAAGAAACAAAGGUCAAAUUUGCGCGAUGAUGAUAAUAGUGAUGUGGAGAUUGUUACGGAGAAAAAGCAAAAUAAGAACAAGGGGAAAGGUAGUCGGAAGAAAGCCGGGCACGAAGACGAUAUCGAACUGCCGAAGAAACUAACUGAGACAAAUCAAAAGUCUUCCUAUGAGAAAACGGGGGCGAAAGGAAAGGCCAAAGCGAUGAAUGGAGUAGCAAGCGAUAAUAAACAUCAUAUGCGAGUUAAUCGACCACGACAGACUGAAGAGUCUUUGCGAAUUGAUGAUCAAGUGUCGAGCUCAUCGUCUGAUGAUGUCAAGAUUCAGAUCGAACGACCAAAAGUUUCCGGUUCAAAAAAGAACAAUGAGAUAGUGUAUCUUGAUGAUGACAAGGAUGGAUCAACAGAAGAAGGUUUUUCAAAAUCUGAUGAAUCAAAGACUAAAGUCGAAAAUAAAUACUUUAAUAAAAAACAUAUCGAAAAGCAAUCAUCAGCAGAUAACAAACGAAAGAAGAUCCGAGAAAAUAAUCAGACUCAUAAGAAAAGGCGGAAAGUUUUACAGGAUAGCGAAGAGAGUGCAGAUGAAUUAAAUUUAAUAAAAAGAUCAAACUCUAGCGCGCCUGGCUCGUCUCAACAACCUAAUGAUGAGCACGUUUGUUUCAGAGGUAGUAAAAAUCUGGCAAUUCACAAGCAAAAGAAAAUGGUACCUAUUGACGAAAUCGAUUCAAAACACAAAAAGAAGAUGGCUGUUGAUUGUGAUGAUGAUGAUGAAAUAGACUAUGAACAGAAUCGUAGCUUAGAAGCCAUCUCAUUACAUUGUUCUCAAAAACAUCAAAACAUGAACAAAUCAAUUGAGAUUAUAGAACUUGAGAAAGAAGAGAAGGAAAUCAAAGAGAAAAAGAAGACACCGGAGGAAAUAUUAAAAUCAUGUAAAAUUAAAAAAUUGAACAAAGAAAAACAAAAAGAGUCACCAAUUGAACAAAUCAUUGAAAAGCAACAAGACCCAAUUGUUCAAGGGAGAGAUCAUAAAAAUAAAAAUAAUUUAAAUCAAACUAGUAUUAGAUCAACUGUUGCAUCUGGAUCUAAACCAUUCCUUCCAGUUGCUCAUCCUACAAGACCAUAUACAAACCCAGCAUCAAAUCCUAAUCAAUUUAAGAACACCUCAUCAAAUCGAUCUGUAAGAAAUUUAUCAACCAGAGCUGAUCCUGAUUGGUGUUCCCAAAUCUGA